UAUUCUGUCCAUUUCAGUUUUCCAAAAACAGAGAGUAUAACACCAGAGAAAGUGGUUCCCCCUUUUAAUUUCCCCUGACCAUUUUUCGGUUCAUCCUUCUUCGUGUCUACCGCGUGAACCAAAGAUUUCUCUCCCUUCUCGAAAAAUCAUCCGUUCAAAUGAUUCCUGAGUAAUUUCAUCUGCUUUACUUCCUCUGUUUUCGUCCAUUUCUCUUCUCUCUCUUCUCUUUUUUUUUUUUUUUUUUUGCUUCUGAUAUUAUCAAAAGAAACCGUACAACUCAAAAUACAGCAUUGAAGUUUCAAAAGCCCUUGCAAAAGCUUUAAGAGAUUCCUAUUUUGAAGAUUUCGAUAUUCUGAUUGAGGUUGAAGAUGUCUCGUAGAAGAUCGGAGAAAAGUGAGAGCACUAAUUCAGAGUUGGAAGAGUUGAAGUAUAAAUACUAUAAAGAUUUAAGAAAUGAAAAAGUCAAAAUUAGACGUUCUGGAAAAUAUUUCAGAUGUCCAUACUGUGAUAAUUCUAGUAAAGAAUAUGAUUUGCAAGAUCUUCUAAGGCAUUCUUCCCGCAUUGGUAGAGAUUCAAAGAGUGCUAGUUUUAGAGACAUAGCUAGACAUUUGGGAUUGCUCAAGUACUUGGAUAGGUACGUCGAUGCAGACAAGACGGUAUCCAAAUCAAGUCGGACGAAAAGUUUUGAGCCAUCAGGGAAGAGUUCUCGAGAUGCUAAGAGUGAUCCAGUAGAGCCAUUUCAUAUCACUGAGCAGUACAAAAGCGGAGGAAAAUUUUAUUCAUCUUCUGUUAGGACCAGUGAAGCAGUAGAUAAACCUGUUGAUUGUGCUGAAGAGCGUCCGAGAAGGGAAAAACUAAAUGCAGAGAACACAGUGGCAUCCCAACCUCCUCUCAGAAGUACUAAAGAUGUUAUGCCACCCCAACCUGUCCUAGCAUCUAAUGAGCAAUGUAUCAACGAGGCCAAGGACGAUCCCAUAGUUUUUCCCUGGAUGGGAGUAGUAGCCAAUAUACCGGUUGAAAAUAAGGGAGGCAGGUAUGUAGGUAAAAGUGGAACAAAUCUAAAAAAGGAGUGGAUUGCCAAAGGGUUUAAUCCAGUGAAGGUUCAUCCUUUAUGGAAUUUCCGGGGUCACACUGGCUAUGCCAUAGUUGAAUUUAAAGGGGAUUGGUCGGGAUUCAUGAAUGCUAUGGCAUUUGGUAAAGCAUUUGAAUUGGAUAAACAUGGGAAGAGAGAUUGGAAUUUAGUAAGACGUCGGGAUGAUAAAUUAUAUGCUUGGAUUGCGCGUGAUGAAGAUUACUACUCUGAGGCUCUCAUUGGUAAACAUCUCCGCAAACAUGGAGAUCUAAAGACAGUUUCUGAAAUACAAGCAGAGAAUAAAAGGAAAGAUUCUAGUCUACUAUGCAACUUGACCAAUGAGUUAGAGAUGAAGAACAAGGCAUGUGAAGAGAUGAAGAGAAAAAUAAGCAGAACUGAAGUUUUUAUGGAUAAUGUGAUGAGUCAAAAGGAGGAGAUGGUUCAAAACUACAAUGAAGAGAUGGAGGUGAUGCGGCGUAAAGCAUUCAAUCAGCUCCGGGAUUCCAUACGUGAGCAUGAGAAAAGUCGAAUGCAGCUCGAAGCUCAAAAAGAAGAAUUGAUGCUACGAGAACAAGAAUUGAGAGAACGUGAAGCACUAAAUGAGAGUGAGCAAAGAAAGCUUGACCAUCAAAAGGAGAUGAAUGAGAGGGCGAUUUUGGAGCAGAAGAAGGCUGAUGAGAAAAUGUUGAAAUUGGCUGAAGAUCAGAAGAAAGAAAAGGAACAACUUCAUAAAAGAAUAAUUGAACUUCAAGCAAAACUUGAUCAGAAGCAAGCACUGGAGUUGCAGAUUGAGCGCUUGCGAGGUGCCAUGGAAGUGAUGAGACACAUGAAUGUGGAAGGAGAUCUCGAAGCGAAGAAGAAACUGGAAUCAAUUCAAGAAGAAAUCAAGGAGAGUGAAGAAGAACUUGAAAGCUUGGAAACACUGAAUCAAACUCUAAUUAUAAAGGAAAGACUUACAAAUGACGAGGUGCAAGAAGCCCGUAAAGAGCUUAUCAAUGGUUUAAAGGAUAGCCGUGCUUUUAUCUGUGUCAAGAGAAUGGGGGAACUUAAUGAGAAACCAUUCCAUGCUGCUGCAAGAAAAAUUUACAACUCGGAAGAAGCAGCAGAGAAAGCAAUGGAACUAUGUUCCUUGUGGGAGGAUCACCUGAGGGAUCCAAAUUGGCAUCCGUAUAAGGUUAUCCAAAAGGGUUUAAAUGUUGAGGAAGUAAUUGAUGAAGAUGAUGAGAAGUUGAAGGAUCUAAAGACUGAGUAUGGUGAAGAAGUGUAUCAAGCUGUGGUAACUGCCUUAAAUGAGUUGAAUGAGCAUAACCCCAGUGGUAGGUACCCAGUACCUCAGUUGUGGAAUAAUAAGGAAAAAAGAACUGCAUCAUUGACAGAAGGAGCUGAGCACAUAUUGAAACAAUGGAAACUGCAUAAGAGGAAAACAAGAUGAAGCAUUUGACUGAACUUUGAGGGGAAAGAAGUAGGAAAAUUGAUUGUCGCAUGAUAAACUCUAGUAGGCCAGCUUAACCAUUAGCAGGAAUUCUCAAAGUCUGCAAAACUUAGUUUUAUUACCCAUCCCUUCAUUUAGCUCUAUAAUUUUUGUGAAAAUUUUAGAUGAGACAGUUUGUUCUUUA